AUGAAGAGAUUGUCCUCUUCUCGUAGAGUUCUUCCUCUUACCAACGCCUCUCAUUCCUCAGAAAAUGGUUCUUCAGUAUCAUUCAAUAGCAGUCAUCUUCCUCAAGAAGAGAAUGAUGAUGAUUCAAAUUCAUCAUCCAUGUCUCACCACGAUAAUACUCGUCAUCACUCAUCCAAGAAACCCAUCUCCUCCAUUAAAUGCAUGCUCAUUUUGCUUGUAACCACAGCCAUUGUUGCAGCUGUGGCUUUUCUAACUUCCAUUUGGAUUUCAUGUUUCAGUACAAGUGUAUCGACCAUGGGUCAAGAAUUAAUGUCUGAACACUUUACCAAAAUUAUUACAUUCACCGAUGAAACUUUUAAACAAGUCAUUAUGACCUCUGAAAGUGCUAAAAACACCAUGUGGUUCGAUCUGAAUUAUAACGAUACAGAUUAUAUCGAUCGAACGACCUUUAAAAUCUUUAAAUCUGCUUAUCAAUUUUUAUCGACCUUAAUGAUCGAUUCAUACGUUGGUGAUCCCACAGGUGGAAAUAAGGGAAUAAUGAUGAUGAAUGGAAUUCCAAGUAUUUUGUAUGUCAAUGAUAGUGGGCAGUAUUGGACCUACUGUGACAAUUUCCAAGCACAUGAACAAUGUGUGACCAAGUCAUCCACACCAGAUGUCAUUUUACCUCCUUUUGACAUGAGUGGUAUUUUAGAAAUUGCUCAAAAGCAUGUCAAUCAACCAACUUUUACCAUGUCUUAUACAGAUCCAACUUUACCUACCAUCACUUUUCUAAGUUUGGUCAAUUCAAAACCUACUCAAAAUCCAUUACCAGGAAAACCUUCUUUUGAUUGGUAUUUUGGUUUUGAUAUUUCAGUGUCAACCAUUUCUCAGUAUUUCAAGAAGAUUACAAAUGAUAUUGGAGGUUCUAUGGCAUUUGCUAUUGAAAUUGAUACUGAUUAUAUCGUUGCAUCAAGUUAUCCUACCAUUCCAGUCGCUGUCUGGGACCAACAAGGAAAUCAAAAACGUAAAACAGCUCUCGAUUUUGACAUUCCUCUAGUGAAUGAUAUUGGAAAAUUUGUCUACUCUGAACUCUCUCAAAAUCUCUCCUCAGUUCCUUGCGGCGUCUUUCUCCUCAAAGAAUAUGGUGAUCGUUACAUCAACAUGCAUCGAAUGUGUAACUCUGCAAAUAUCGACUGGCUCUUUGUGUUCAGUGUUCCAAAAUGGAAUUACAUUCAAACCAUGAUCAUUGCGAUUAUUGCAGCCUCUGUUUCGAGUGUGUUCAUUAUUGGAGUAGGAAUUGCAUUGGGAAUUUUUGCUUCAUUACGUAUUGUCAAACCCUUCCAAAAUUUAAUCUACUUGUUCGAAAGUGUUUCGAAUAUGGAUUUAGACACAGUGUCCAAUGAUCCCACCGAUAUGAGCCAAUUUAAGGAAGUUUAUAUUUUACAACAGCAUUUCCACAGCAUGGUGAGAAAAAUUCGAAAAUAUCGAUGUUUCAUUCCACCACAUUUAUUGGCUCAAUUAGAUUCACUUCAAUCCGAAUCUGGAAAUGAAUCCAUUCGUCGAUCUACAACUGCAGAAUCUGGUAACCGUUUGAUCAAUGGCGGUGUACGAGUUUCCAUGUCACAAGAUGCACCUUCUUCGAAUAGUUCACAAUGUUCGAGGAGAGCCUCUUCAUCCAUGAAACCAGUUUCGAAAUCAUUGUUUCGACUUGGAUUGGAAAAGAGAGCAUUAACCAUUGUGUGUAUUCGUUUUGGAGGUUUGGAUGCUUGUAUGGAAGCAUUGAGUGACUCUGAAUUGGUUCCUAUCAUGUCAGAUUUCUUUGAUGUGAUUCAGAAAGUUGCUCGGUUGAGCGGAGGACAAUUAGGUAAUUUUGAAAAUAAUGAAAUGACCAUCUCUUGGAAUUCGACAAGUGACAUUCCACAUCAUAAAGAAAAAGGAGUGACAUCCACCAAGCAAAUGAUGGAGAAAUUGACACAACUCACAUCCACAAAAUGGAAAAAUAAGGAAUGUCUUACCAAGAGGGAUCUCUUGAGCGCUAUGAACUUUAAAGCUGCCAUCGUGUCACAAAUGUGUAAAUCAGGAAAUGUCGGAACUCAAGAAAUCAAAUCCUUCUCCAUAGUUGGAAGUUAUCUUCACAAUUUAGAACUUCUCUUGAAACAUGCCUUAAAACUGAACAUUACCAUCAUUGCAUCAGAUCUCAUUCAUGACAGGUGUUCUCGUGAUUUUCAAAUGCGUUAUGUUGGCACUAAGAAAAUUUAUCCUCCAGAGUUUUCAAAUUCUCCUUUAGUUGUGAAAUGCAAGGAUUCCUCUUCUUCCUCGAACUCGCAUCACACUUCAUCCAUCUCCUUAUUGAAAACUAAUUUGUAUGAAAUUGGAGAAUCGAAUAAUAAUGACAUUCAAGAUGAAUGGAUGUAUGAAUUGCAACAUAAGGAAAGAAAAGAGAAAUGGAAGAGUUAUAAUGUUGCAGUGAAUCAUUUCUUGGAGAAACAAUACGAUCAAGCCAUUCAAUAUUUUGAAGAAUAUUUGCAUGGAGUUGCUUCUUCUUCUCCUCAGGAAGAUGCUUGUGCUGUCUAUUUGUUGAAAAAGUGUUACAAGAAGAAAGAUCGAAAGUAG